AUGAACGACGCCACUGUCACCAGUUUUACCAGCCUUCCACAAGAACUUGCUGUUCUGAUCCUAGGCAUGCUCUGUCUACGUGAUCUACUCGCUGCGACUGAGGUCUCCCGGCACUUCCUCUAUGUUGUGCGCAGCACACCUAUGCUGCAGUAUCGCAUUGAGCUUGUCGCGUGCGGUAUGCGUGAUAACCCGAGGAGUGAGACCACCACGGCGAACAAACUGGAAAAUCUCCGUCGCCACGAUCAAGCCUGGCGAUUGUUGCGUUGGUCGGACGAUGUCCGAUUUCGAAUCCCAAGAGAUGGACAUGUGGAAAGCAAACAGGGCGUGAUACUGAUCACGAAGGAGAGGGCUCGUCCUGACCAUGGCGCAGAGGUACAACUACUGCCUUCGGAUACUCGAAACAUACCACGUAGAUCAUGGACCAUCGAACCUGGUCAUAACGAAGAGCUCAACGGCGACGAUAGAGAAAUAUAUGAAGUGGACGCUUCACAGGAUCUCUUACUUAUCCGCCAUGGCACGACGCCUGCGAACACCUUCCUCGCUGUGUAUACCAUCUCUGAUGGCCUACCUCAUCCUCAGGCAGCUUUGAGUAGCUUCAGAAUUUCUAAUAACGGUCCACUAAGGGGGUCGACCGCAGGGGCGUUCGUGCGUCGGGAGUGGGUGUACUUGCUCGAUCAAAGCUUUCAGAUAUACAACUGGAAGACCGGAGAGCGCAAUGGAGAUCAUGAUUGGCGCGGCACGUUGUCGCAAUGCGCCUUCGUUGGCGACAGAUACAUAGCGGCCGUAGUCGUCGGCAUCCCACCAUCGCCGGCGGUCCUACGAAUCUACGAAUUACCUAGCGCGGAUCCGGCGGUGCCACCGACAUAUCCACCCACCGUUGCCGUCCUGGCCUUCUUCCUUCCGGCAAUCGCCAAUGCUCUCACGACCGACACUGAGUGGAAGCUGGUGGGCGGUUCUGCUCAGUCCGCCUCUCUCAACGAUGCUCUCGGGGGUGGAGACUUUACAACUGACCGCGACGAAACACUGGUCUUGAUCCCUUUCCGAGUGAGAGACCGUGACUUUGAGCUUAUCAUUGCGACGGAGCGCCUGCUGGAGUUCCUCCCGCAUCCGGGAGACAUCGCAUCAGGCGCUGGCUCGUAUUCACUUCGCGAUGUGCCAUGGGACGAGUGGGGUCCGGAGUGUACUCAUUUGCGUUCAGUCGCAGCCAACGAUGACGCCGUGCAUGAGAUGCAAGCAAGCAUCUUCGGCUCACGUCAUGUACUGCCUCACCCCGUUCAAGAGUCCGGCGGACAAAGCGCCGUCCGUGUGGAUGAUUACCAACCAGCUCGCGUCCGUCGGGCCGAAAAUAACCAGAGCCCAUCCCACAGAGUUCACCACGGGGAGGAUACACAAGGGGAGUGGUUUGAAGCAAAUGAGCUGCAUACGGACCUACCAUUUGUGGAAACUAAUAUGCGGCUGCCUGAGGCGUGGCAAAACAAGAAUCCUCAUGACGUGCACGUCUCCAUCAAUGAAGAUGGUGUCACUCUCAUAGACAAAUCGGAGGAAGGGGAGUAUGGGGAGGCGUACACCCUGUGA